AUGGAGCCUCCGAGCGGCGCCCGCGUCCCCCGGAGCCCCUCUCCGCCCGCGGAGCCCCCUUCCCGCGCCCCGCCCUCGCCCUCCGCGCAGCCCUGGGCCCGCCUCUCCGCCUGGCUGGAGUGCGCCUGCGCCGUCACGUUCGACCUCGAGCUCGGGCAGGCCAUCGAGCUGAUUUACCCGCCGGAGCCGGCGCUCAGCGAGAAGGAGAAGACCAGCAUCUGCUACCUGGCCUUCCCGGACUCCUACUCAGGGAGCCUGGGGGACACGCAGUACUGCUUCCGCUUCCGCCAGUCCGGGGCCCGCCUCCGGGAGCCCCCCUGGGCCCAGAGCGCUGCCUACCGCAAGGAAGCCCCCGCCGCCCUGCAGCAGGAGACGGCCCACUACUUUGGCUACGUCUACUUCCGGCAGGUCAAGGACCCCUCCGUCAAGAGGGGAUACUUCCAGAAGUCCUUGGUGCUGGUCUCCCGCCUGCCCUACGUGAACCUCUUCCAGUCUCUGCUGCAGCUCGUUGCCCCGGAGUACUUUGACAAGCUGGAGCCCUGCCUGGAGGCGGUGUGCAGUGAGAUCGACCAGUGGCCCCCGCCAGUGCCUGGCCAGACGCUGAACCUGCCUGUGAUGGGCGUCGUCAUUCAGGUGCGGAUCCCCUCCCGGGUGGAGAGGCCCGACGCCAGCCCCGUCCAGGCCCUGAAGCAAGAGAACCUCCUGCCGGCCCCCCUCCUCCUGCCCAGCGCCUGCGAAGUGGACCUCUUCCGGUGCUUCCAGCCGGUCCUGAUCCACGUCCAGAUGCUCUGGGAGCUGGUGCUGCUGGGGGAGCCGCUGGCCGUGGUGGGCCCCUCGCCCGCCGUCUCCUCCGAGGUGGUCCUCGCCCUGACCAGCUGCCUGGCUCCCCUGAGGUACUGCUGCGACUACCGGCCCUACUUCACCAUCCACGACAGCGAGUUCAAGGAGUACACGACGCGGACUCAGGCCCCGCCGAACGUCCUCCUCGGCGUCACAAACCCCUUUUUCAUCAAGACGCUGCAGCACUGGCCUCACGUGCUUCGCCUCGGGGACCUCAAGAUGGCUGGGGACCUCCCCAAGCAGGUCAAGCUGAAGAAGCUGGCCAAGCUGAGGACGCUGGACGCCAAGCCUGGCCUCUACACAGCCUACCGGACCUUCCUGCACAAGGACAAGGCCCUGGUCAAGAAGCUUGUGAAGGGCAUCCACAAGAAGCGCUCCUCAGACGCCCAGAGCGCCCUCCUCCGGCGCCACUUCUUGGAGCUCACCCAGAGCUUCAUUUUCCCCUUGGAGCACUACAUGGCCGGCCUCAUGCCCUUGCAGAGAGCCAUCGGCCCCUGGAAGUGGGUGGGCACCACUCCCCUCCCCCCACCAAGGAGGCACCCGACGGCCUCAAGGCUCAGCCCUCCCCCUCCCUCUCUGUCUCUGCCCCCCACGCUGCCUGCCUGCGCUGCACAGAACCCCCCGCAGAUCCGCCCUUUCCGCCAAGAGGACUUCCUGAAGACCCUGGAGCACGCGGGGCCCCAGCUCACCUGCCUCCUGAAGGGGGACUGGAUGGGGCUGUACAGGCGGUUUUUCCGGUCCCCCAACUUUGACGGCUGGUACCGCCAGAGGCGCCGGGAGAUGACCCACAAGCUGGAGGCCCUGCACCUGGAGGCCAUCAGUGAGGCGAACAUCAAGGCCUGGAUGGAGGACAAGUCGGAGGCGGAGGUGGUGGACAUGGUGCUGAAGCUCAGAGAGAAGCUGGCCCGCGCCCGGCACCAUCUCCUCCCCGUGAAGGAGGAGGCCCUGCAGCAGGUGGGCCGCUCCGCCGGCACCCUGGUGGGCUCGCUGCCCGAGGACCUCCAGGCCGUCCUGCAUCACCAGUGAGCAGCGUGACCUGGAGGGGCCCCUCCCCACAGAGGCCCAGAGGGAUUCCACAGGAUCUAACCGGAGGGGUCUCUUUUGGGGAGGGGGCUCCACUGCUGCCGUGAGGGCAUGACCCACAGGAUCCAAUAUGGGGAGGAGCAAGCACUCUCUUCUCUCUGCAGACAUAAAUAUUUAUAUAUAGAUCUAUAUAUGUGUGGAGUGUGUGUGUGUGUGCAUUUGUGCACCUGCUACUGCGCAGUUGACAGUUCAGUAAAGGUUAAUUUUGAAAGAA